GAGAAGAAUGAUGUGUUACAACUAAAAAUGCAGCAUCGCAGGAAAUCUUGACACAGUUCUGGAGAAGUUUGGCUUAGACAACAUCAAACUGCAUUUGCGGCGGCACAGAAUCAUUCAUCUAUGCUUUAGGACCAUGGAGGAAUGGUAUGAGUGGGCCCUGAUUCAGAAUGGUCCAGCAUAAUGACACUGACCAUGCAGUUGCGCGACAGGGCCCAUCCAAGCUGGCCGAGUCCCCUAAACCCUGUGCUGUCCCACCAACACACUUUCACCCCUUUCGAGACCAGCGGGAGUGUGUCCUCAUCACCCAGGUUGUGGAUUACUUGAGCCACAGUGGAUUUUACUGGGGUCCCUUGGAAGUAGAUGAAGCUCACUCUCGACUUGCCAAACUUCCUCUUGGGACGUUCCUGAUCCGGGACAGCAUGCAAGCAAAUGUUUUCUUCACUCUCAGCUAUCGGGCUCCCGAGGGCCCGACCAGCGUGAGGGUGCUCCUGAAGGAUGGAGGAUUCAGUUUAGCAGGCAGUAAACAUACUUUCUCUUGCCUUUUUGGCCUGCUAGGGUACUAUAUUGCAUCCCCAAAAAAGAGUCUGAGUAUGCCGUAUCGCGGAGAAGCGCCGCAGAGCUUGCAAGAACUGGCGAGAAGAGCUGUGGUGCGGAGUUUUGGGAAAGAUAGUAUUCAACAUCUGCCUGUGAGCAAGAAACUUAAAGAAUUUCUGUGGUUGUACCCUUUUAGUAUAUGA